CCUGUCACUGAGAGGAAAAAAAAUCACACACCAAAUGACAUUACUGAAACACUGAGUGUUUCACCUGUGGAGGAGAUAGAAAUUCAUCAGAACAUGGCUCCCCUAUGGUCCUACCUCCCAGCUGGUAUGCAGAUUUCUCAGGGGACACCAUUUCACUUAUUCUCACCUCCUACUGUGGCAAAAAUGGACUAUUUUCCUCACCGAAAACCAGCAGCAUAAUGCCCAUCUGAUACAUGCCUCAAACAAAUCUUAUUUAAAGUCUGUUGAAAAUGGAUGUCUUGUAGCCAACCAAUAAGUUCAACUACUGCUGCAUGUCUGGCAGCACUUCUACAUGAUCACAUGACUCUUGAUAUGGAUGCAGUCCUGUCAGACUUUGUUCGAUCCACAGGGGCAGAACCGGGCUUGGCAAGAGAUCUGCUGGAAGGCAAAAACUGGGAUUUGACUGCUGCUUUGAAUGACUAUGAGCAGCUUCGACAGGUACACACAGCCAGCCUGCCGCAGGUGUUUAAUGAAGGGAAGUACUACAAACAGCAGGAGAGAGAGCAGCCCCAACAGGUGAACAAAGUUGAACGACCAUGUCUACAGAGACAGGAUGACAUUGCUCAAGAGAAACGACUCUCCAGAGGUAUUUCUCAUGCCAGCUCAGCCAUAGUCUCCCUUGCUCGAUCACAUGUAGCAAAUGAAUGCAGCAAUGAACAAUUUCCUUUGGAGAUGCCCAUCUACACAUUCCAGCUACCAGAUCUUAGUGUAUACAGUGAGGAUUUCAGAAGCUUCAUUGAACGUGACUUAAUCGAGCAGGCAACAAUGGUUGCUUUGGAACAAGCAGGCCGUCUCAAUUGGUGGUCCACAGUGUGUACAAGCUGCAAACGUCUUCUUCCAUUGGCUACAACCGGUGAUGGGAACUGUCUCUUACAUGCUGCCUCAUUAGGGAUGUGGGGUUUUCAUGACAGGGAUCUGGUAUUACGUAAAGCACUCUACACUAUGAUGAGAAGUGGAGCUGAAAGGGAAGCACUGAAGAGAAGGUGGAGAUGGCAGCAGACCCAACAGAAUAAGGAGUCGGGUUUAGUUUACACAGAAGAAGAGUGGGAACGGGAAUGGAAUGAACUUCUUAAGCUGGCUUCAAGUGAACCUCGCACCCAUUUUAGCAAAAAUGGAGGUACUGGUGGUGGAGUUGACAAUUCAGAAGACCCUGUGUACGAGAGCUUGGAAGAGUUCCAUGUUUUUGUCUUAGCCCAUAUCUUGAGAAGACCAAUUGUUGUAGUAGCAGACACAAUGCUAAGAGACUCAGGGGGAGAAGCUUUUGCACCUAUCCCAUUUGGGGGAAUUUACUUGCCACUUGAAGUUCUGCCUAACAGAUGUCACUGCUCACCUCUUGUUCUAGCUUAUGAUCAAGCUCAUUUCUCUGCUCUUGUAUCCAUGGAGCAAAAAGAUCAACAGAGAGAACAAGCGGUGAUCCCUUUGACUGACUCAGAACACAAGUUACUGCCUUUGCACUUUGCGGUUGAUCCUGGGAAGGACUGGGAGUGGGGGAAAGAUGACAAUGAUAACACCAGACUGGCCAAUUUGAUUCUGUCUCUGGAGGCAAAGCUUAAUCUUCUGCACAGCUACAUGAAUGUAACUUGGAUACGCAUACCAUCAGAAACACGGGCCCCUUUGGCUCAGCCUGAAUCUCCAACUGCUUCAGCAGGGGAAGAUGUUCAGUCUCUGGCUGAUUCAAUGGACUCAGACCGAGACUCCAUCUGUAGUAAUUCCAAUGGCAAUAACGGCAAAAAUGGUAAAGAAAAAGAAAAGGAGAAACAAAGGAAGGAUAAAGACAAAAAUAGGACAGAUUCAGUUGCCAAUAAGCUUGGAAGCCUCAGUAAAACCCUAGGAAUUAAGCUGAAAAAGAAUAUGGGUGGGCUCGGGGGGCUGGUGCAUGGCAAGAUGAGCAGAGCAAAUUCAGGAAACGGGAAGAAUGGUGACAUCAUAGACAGAGUCAAAGAGAAGAAGUCUAAGUCCCGCAAAGGGAGCAAGGAGGAGUCAGGACAGUCUGCAAGCACUUCUCCAUCUGAAAAGACAACUCCGUCUCCUACUGACAAAGCAAGCAACUCACCCAUUGAAAAAAUGAACUCGAAGUCCCUCUCUGACAAACAGUCUGACCCAUGGAAGUACAGCACUGACGUGAAGCUCAGCCUCAACAUUUUGAGAGCUGCCAUGCAAGGUGAACGCAAGUUUAUUUUUGCUGGCCUCCUACUGACCAGCCAUAGACAUCAGUUCCACGAGGAGAUGAUAGGUUACUACUUGACCAGUGCCCAAGAGCGCUUCAAUGCAGAGCAGGAACAGAAGAGAAAGGAGGCUGAGAAAAAGGCUUCACUCAAUGGGUCAUCCAGCAGGAAGCUGGAACAAGAAGCAUAUUCAAAAGAAAAGUUGGAAACAUCACCUCAGGACAGGGCAUCACCAGUCUUGCCUCAAAGCCAUACAACUCAACUGGUUUUAAAGUUUAAAGAUCGCACUAGUCCCACUCCUGGGUCAUUUUCUUCACCUAGUAAUGGUGCUAAGAAAAGUGGACCCAUUCCAGUAUCUGCCCACUAUAGCCAUACUCCACCUGUUCAAAGGCAAAGCGUUAUCCAUUUGCAUGAUGUCAACUCCAAGCCAUCAAGCUUCCAAGAUGAUACCUAUAAGCCAGUGGUUGGCACCUUAAAAACCUGUGCCACUUAUCCCCAACAGAAUAGAUCACUGUCUUCACAGAGCUAUAGCCCAGCCCGGAUAGCAGGUAUCCGCACCGUGAACACAGUGGAAUCGCUGAGCUACACUAUGCCUACUGAACAUAAGUCGCAGACAUAUACAAAUGGGUUUAAUACCGGUGAUAUUAGAGACUGCUUAGAAUAUGCUGAUGAGGAGGCACCUCAGACCUGGUUGAACAAUGAUAAAAAUCGAGGCAGAAGCACAGUUUGCCCUAUUUAUUCCAUGCAGCAGAACCGCUGCAAGAAGGAGAACUGUUCCUUUUAUGGUCGUCCUGAAACGGAAAAUUAUUGUUCAUACUGCUACAAAGAGGAGUUAAAGCGCAGGGAGAGAGAAAGUAAGGGACAUAGGCAUUGAGGACUGUCAGGAUCCUUCCCUGACUGCUUAGGUUCACUCUUUUCUUACAUAUGAAGUAAAUAGUGAUGGAUUAUAGAAAAAGGAAUCCUAAAAAGGGAAUGAUGGUACAUAAUGUCUAGUUUGUGGCUUUUUCAGGUCAAUGCAGAAAUAAGAGGAUUAAUUUAUCAUAAAAAUGUAUUAUUUUCCA